UUUCACAAGCAUAGGAACCCUUGCGAAGCAGCACUGAAGCAGCGUUCCAGAGCUAAUAGGGCCUCACCUCUGAACAAGAGCUGUCCAGAAGUUCCCGCAGUGGAAAAUGGCAUAAUUGUUAUAGAGGAGGUAGAAGGACAAAUUCUGGGGACUUGCGUUUGUAUCAAGGGCUACCACCUGGUAGGAGAGAAAACCUUUUUUUGCAAUGCCUCUACGGAGUGGAAUGCUCCUGUUCCCACAUGUCGACUGGGCCACUGUCCUGACCCGGUGCUGGUGAAUGGUGAACCCAGCUCCCUGGAUCCUGUGAGUGUGAGUGACAAAAUCACUUUUAAGUGCAAUGAGCACUAUAUCCUCAAGGGCAGCAGUUGGAGUCAGUGCCUGGCCAACCACACCUGGAUGCCUCCCUUACCCGUCUGCAAAAGCAGAGACUGUGGCCCUCCUGGGAAUCCCGCUCAUGGCUAUUUUGAAGGAAAAGAUUUCAACUCAGGUUCUACCAUUACUUACCACUGUGAAGACAGGUACCACUUGGUGGGCACACGGGACCAGCAGUGCAUUGACGGGGAGUGGAGCAGUGCACUUCCAGUCUGCGAGUUGAUCCAAGAAGCUCCCAAACCAACUCCACAGACGGAGUUUGAGAAGGCACUCUUUGCCUUUCAGGAGAAUAAAGAACUUUGCAAAGCCAUAGAGAACUUUGUGCAAAGACUAAAGGAAAAUGGUUUAACUAUGGAGGAACUGAAAUAUUCUCUGGAAAUAAAGAAAGUUGAAUUGGAGGCAAAAAUGUUGUCCUGACAUUGUAGCUGAGCAGACUGGGUAAUAGAAAUGCACCUAUGAAUAAAUCUUCUCUUGGUUCUAAAACU